AUGGAUCGCUUUCUGCUGAGACUGAGUCUCACCCAGAAGGCGCCGCGUGGAGGCAGCGAUCCGAGCCUUCCUGCUAUGAUGUUGGUAAGGAUUGUGAUAGCAAAUGAGCAAAAACAGUCCCUGACCCCAAUUUUAUCAGAAGUAAAUUGAAUCUUUAAUAUAAAUUCUAUAUUUCCAUUAUUUUUGUUCUAUUGAAAGUUGGAGUGUUUGAAAGAUUUGUUUCUCAUAGAAUACUUUCUCAUGGAGAAGAACAAAAUCUUCUCACUCUGAUUAUCUUUCUCAUUAUACUGUGAAGACUGUCUUUCAAUUUUUUUCCCAUUUAUAAACUGCCGAUUCUUUCUCGCUCCUAUUCUCACCUUCUUUUCUCAUAUAUCUUUUUUUGAACUGAUGUUGUGAAAUUUUCCUGAAAUGGAAACAAAUUUUUUAUCUUUUAUUGAAGUGUAAUACGCGACUUUGAAGUUGGCAGCUCAGUUUGAAAAAAAUAUUUCUGAAAGUUCAUCUCCUUUAAAAAAAGAAAGCAGUUUUUCUGCUGCACUACUGGCUGUACCAAUAUUACCUUGUAUGCUACUAAAACUCAAUACGAAUUCGAAAUUGUCUUUCUUCCGUUUUUUUUUUGAGUUUUUGUUUCUCAACCGUUGUUCAAUGAAAGAGCGUGCAAUAUACAGAUUUCCAAGAUGAGUGUCGAAAAUUUGGGAAAGAUGAAGGCAAAAAAUCGAAGUACGUUGUCAUUGGUGAGCCUUGACCGCAAGGAACGGUAAGAAACUGACUUUGAAGUGUCAUUUCAUGGAGAAAUUAUUUGAAAAUAAAUCCAGAAAAAUAUGUUGUUAUUCUAUUAUUCUACCGUUUUCCUUUUGUUGCCACUUUGGCAAGUAGAAAUUUGUGAUAAAAAUGAAAAAGUUAACGGAUAAUCUAAAAAAUGAAAUAAAAUGUUUAGUUUCUAACUGAAAUUUAAACUGAAAACAAGAAAAUGAUAGGCUCUCAAUCGGUAACUUGCAACAGAUGUUGUAGAUCCUCUAUCUACUUUUUCGGUUUUCAGGCCUCUCAUUCCCUCGCCGUUCAUGCCGAUUGCUCGACAUCUUUCCGUGGAUCCGGAUAGGAUCAGAGACCUGAGAUCUCGUGGAUACGGUGCAGUCGAAGCUGAACAAUUCAUCAGUGCUACCGAUGAAGAAAGCGACGAAGAUGAGGAGUACGUUAAUUACUUUUUUUCCUUUUCGAAAUUCACGUUUGUUUUUCAAACUCAACUCUCCAUUUUUCGAAAACUGUUCUAGAAUUUCAUUUUUUGGUAACGAUCUCAUUGAAAAAAAGUCGUUUUUUCUCUAAGAUGACAUUUUCGAAAUAAGCUGUCAAUAAGCGGAAUAUUCGUCAGCAGAAAAUCAUUUUUUGUGACUGCAAACUUAUUAGUUCAUCUGAAUAAAAAGUUCAAAAUUAUAGCUUUUUCAGAGAUGAAUCUGUCACAUCCACCGAUGAGAACAUCUUCGUUCGAUUUUCCAAGGUUUUUUUUCAUUCAAACUUUUAUUCAAUUGUAAACGUGAUGAUUUGGGAGUAAAUGAUAAAAAUUAAAUUUUUUGUCAUUUCCAAUGAGCUAUUUUUUUGCAAAGUUUUUUGAUUCAUUUUUCUUUUGUACGAAAUUUAGUGAAAUUUCACCGACUGACAAAACAAAUGAAACAUUUUCAACUAGAGUUUUCAAGGGAAUAACUUCGAUGGACCAAAAAGAGUUGGCGACGAUUAUCAUGAUGUGCCUGGCAAACCUUUGCUCCACUGUGGCGUUUAGUUGUAUUGCACCUUUCUAUCCGGAAGAAGUUCAACCUUUUCUAUUUAAGUUCACGAAAUAAAAUGUUCCAGGCAAAACUCAAAGGGCUAACGGAAACUGAAAUCGGGAUUGUUUUUGGCAUUUUUGAAUUCACCAUGUGCAUAACAGCAUUGAUUUUCGGUUAUUUUGUAAGUUUCUUUUUUAGGGCUUUGUUAAUGAAAUUCCAUCACUUUCAUGAAAUUACUUCUUGUAGAUGACUACUUUGGGAGCGAAACGGAUGUUUGUUGCAGGCUUAGGAGUCACUGGAACGACGGCGAUUAUGUUUGGGUAAGUCUAGAUUUUUUUGUUCCAGAAAGCCUUUUCUCAUUUGAUCAAUUUUGCAGCUUUUUAAACUUUUUACCAUCUGGAAGGCUUUUUUUCUGGGCAAGUGUCUUCGUCCGUGUGAUGGAAGCUUUGGGAGACUCUGCCUUCGUCACUUCAAGUUUUGCAAUAACGGCCAAGAUGUUUCCCAAAAAAAUUCCGUUCGUCAUUGUGAGUAGCUUUUUUUUCAAUCUUCCACUCUUGAUUAUAUUAGGGCAUUCUGGAAACGGCGGCUGGGUCGGGAUACUCGAUUGGUCCAACAAUUGGUGGUGUCCUGUACGAUUUCGGAGGCUUCAUGACGCCUUUUUUGGUACUCGGAAUCGUUCUUCUCGUGACAACUAUUUUUGGAGCUGUUUAUGUGGAAAACCCGAGUUGUAAGUUGGUAUCAUUUUUAAGAAGAAAAAAAUAAAACUUGGGUUUAUUUUUUAAAUAUUCAGAUGAAGAAGAAGACACAACGAAAGGCAUGUUGAAAAUGCUGAAAAUUGGAAGAAUCUGGCUCCUCAUUUUCGCUGUUGUCGCUUGUGCCGUUUCGCUUUCCUUUUUGGACCCCACAUUAUCUAGUCAUCUUGCUUCGGUAUAUUUUUCCUUACAAAAACAACUUUUACGUUAUCAACUGUAAGAACACCCAGUUUUUUAGUGAUUAGAAGUUUUUGUGAAAAAUUUUUGAAGAAGACCAAUCAUCUUCUUAAUUUAGUACAACUAGAAAACUUUCGUUUCAGUUCAAAUUGGGACCGACGAAGAUUGGAUUCAUGUUUUUUUUGUGCGGCGGACUGUAUACUUUCACGGCUCCUCUCUGGGGAUUGCUUCUGGAUAAGUAUUCUUGUGGAACCCUGGUGAUGCUCGUUGGAUCCCUUUCGACCACCGUCGCCAUGAUUCUCAUCGGUCCUUCGCCUUUGCUUGAAUUGGAGAAGUAAGAGAUUAUUUUUUCACAAGUUCAUGUUCAAGCAAUAUCAGUGUCGUGAAACGUCACGAGAUUCCCUAUGGUAUUUGCCUUGCUUCAAUGUUUCCCAAGAACCGUUUCGUUUUAUGGGAAAGCCUCGUCGACUUAAUCCUUCAUAAACGAAUCAAAAUUGUAUUGUUUCAUCGGCACAAGAUACAAUAAAGAGGCAUUUUGCUGCUCGUGACACCUAUCAGAAGAUUUUAAAAUUAGGUGCUAUGAUCUUAAAUAUUUGUCCUUGCCAUCAGAAGGGAGUAUUUCAUAAACAACAACUAUUAUUUUUAAGAAAAAAAUAUUAACAAAUUUCCAGCUAAAUUUUUUUGAUAAAAAAACAGAAAAAAAUAAUUCGUUAUCGUAAAUUCACUGAAAAUUCUAAAAAGAAACAGAAAAAAAUGAACGCAGAUGUUGCGACAUAAAGACUUAUUAAUAGCAAAAGUAGUAUACUGACAUUUACACAGUGGAAAUGAAUAAAAAAAUUUUCAGAAGCCUCUUGGUCAUUGGAAUCGCACUCUUAAUCCUUGGAAUCGCAGCUGGAGCCCUGUACAUUCCCAGUUUCCAGUUGUGUUUGGACGUCAUCCGGUAAACCCUUUUUUUCGAUUCUUAAUAUUUUUGUUCAGGAAACACGGUUAUGAGGCUAACAUGCACACGUACGGAUGCGUUUCUGGAAUUUUCCAGUCCGCUUUUGCUCUUGGGUAACUUUGAUUUAAUGAAAUAUUAAGAAGGUUGAUAUUUUAGUUCGUUCUUUGGACCGACUUUAGGUGGUUUCGCGACCGAAAAAAUUGGAUUCGAAUGGACGACAACGUACAUCGCCGGCUUUCACGUCAUUCUGGUUACAUUUGGAUUCUUUCUAUUUCCAUUUUAAUAAAACAGGCGGCUUUUGUGUUGAAAUUUCAAGAAUUCUUCAAUUUGAAAAACGCAUUCUUUAUUACCAAACAUUUUUCAGUCGAUAACUCUUCUCAUCUUCGCAAUCAAGGACGGGUGUUCUUCAUAA